AUGGCUACAAGAAGAGACCCGCUCUACAAUUUCCAGACCUUGCCUGGGUUUCGGUACCGGCUCUUAGUGGUGGCUGAGGAACGGGUAGGGGAGAAUUGGGUCGUGCGUUCUGAGAACGACCUGAGCACCUUCUCCCCUUUCGACCAGAGUGGGGUCCGUGAGAUCAUCUGCCGGGUGCGGGCAGAGUAUGAAGGGAGGGGACGCCGCCGCACCGCUCGAAUCUCCACGGCUACGAGACCGCGCCGACGGGCCCCACAGCCACCCUCACCACCACCACCUUACUCCCCGGCGACGCCUACAACACCACCACCAGCGAUCCCAUCGGCACCAGUGGAAUACAGCCCGGUGCCGAUGAGCGACUCACCAGCGUCACCGGUGGAGUACUCACCGAGGUCACCGUCCCCCGCACCACCUCCCAGUCCAGCCCAGAGUCCGUCGCUGUUGGUGGCAGACACAACACCAUCACCACCAAGACCAGCAGCCCCUGCAAGACCCUGUCUGCUGGCAAGACAGGGUACACUCCGGUAUCACGUGUAG